CAGGCAUCAAGGCCUGUAGCGGCAGGAGUUCCGUGAUUCCGCUGGUCUCAGUUCCGGUUUUACAGACCGUCAACAACACCCCUUCCGGGUUCCGGCCAGCAACGCCUGGCUUUGUUGUUGUAACGCAAUUGCAGCCAGCUUCUUCCGAACCUCUUCGUGCUACAACCCCCGGCCUGGAGAGUACUAUACCUGCUUCUUGUCGGCAAAUUUUGGCUGCCUUCUUUCUGGCCAAUUUUUAGUUUGGAUAUCUCUUUCCCAUUUCGCCUUGUAUGUAUUUGUAUUCGGCACAGGAUAUAGUCGAAUUUGGCACAUCACAUCCCAGAAGCGACAAUGGCGUCAGAUGCACAACAAACCUCCCCUCCGUCGCGGCGGCCAUGGAGUUCCCUUUUUGGCCGAAAGUCUGCUGGGGAGCGGGACUCUGGCGAGAGAUCCGGCCCGCCUAGGUGGACGAUGGGAAUUCUGGAGGAUAAGGAGACCAUCGAAGUUCCAGGCUCGGUUCUGUUGCUUGCUGCCGACCACAAUGAACCGCUUGGGCUGAGGAACGCUCCGGCGCGAACAUCGCACUCGUCCAUUCCCACGGGUGUGAUCCACCAACUCCCCGAUGACGUGGAAGAGGUGCCGAAAAAGAAGACCCGGGAUGGCAAGAUUAUCCUGGAGCCUCAGCCCGAAGACUCGGCCAACGACCCGCUCAAUUGGCCGGCGUGGCGGAGAGACCUAGCCCUGCUGUCUCUGGGGCUCUUCUGCAUGGUUGGCGGCGGCACUACGCCUCUGCUUGCCGCGGGCUUCACUGAUGUCGCCAACGAGUACGGCGUCGACGUCCAUAGCGUCUCGCUCACCACGGGCCUCUACAUGAUGGGCAUGGGCCUUGGAUCCAUCAUAUUCUCCCCUACCGCCAUCCUGUACGGGAAGCGGCCCGUCUACCUCUUUGGGGCGAUUCUCUACAUCGCGACCUCGGUUUGGUGCGCUGCCUCGCCCAAUUUCCCCUCCCUCGUCGUCGCGCGGAUCUUCCAGGGUAUCGCAGUCAGCCCCGUCGAGUGUCUGCCGUCGGCUACCAUCGCCGAGAUUUUCUUCCUCCAUGAGCGUGCUUUCCGUAUCGGCAUCUACACGCUUCUUCUGCUUGGCGGCAAAAACCUCGUUCCCCUCGUCAGCGCCGUCAUCAUACAAAAUAUGGGAUGGCGUUGGGUCUUUUGGAUGGUCGCUGUCGUGGUUGCCUUCUGCGGCUUGCUUCUCUUCUUCUUCGUCCCAGAGACGUUCUGGGACCGCAAGCCUAUUCCAAGGAAAGUCAAGAAGACGAGGUCGAGGCCAAAUAUCUUUCGGCGAAUCUCGUCCAGGCAGGAGGUCCUGCACGGAACGCCUGCUCCAACCAGGCGGCCCUCACUCGAUCACGCCGUCGAUGCUACGGGAGCGCCAACCACAACGGAUCAGCGCGCGAAAGCUUCUCGGGUGGGAUUUGCGCCAACAGAGAAGGUCAAGUUUGCCGAUGCGUCGAGCGAGUCAUCAGCCAGCGGGUCGGGAGAAGAGCAAGCAGCCGAAAAGGAAACGGCAACCGAAAAGCCGAGAGCCUCGGGGGAGGGCCUCGCAUCGUCGGAUGAAAAAGCUUCCCCGAGUGCUCCGCGGCCACCUUCCCCGGCAAAGCUGUCGAUUCCUCCCGCAUCCGCGGCCGUUCCGGCACCCUCGGCCCCUCCGACACCCUCGAUCGAGCAAGACCUCCCACGCCUUGACCAAUACGAAACCGACACCGAGUCGCAAUCCAUCCGGAGCACCCAGACAAACGGCCAGAUAGCUUAUACGGCUGCCCUGCGCAACCAACCGCCCCGUUCCUUUAUCCAGUCGCUGAAACCGUUCAAUGGACGGCUGAACAAGGACAAGUGGCACAAGGUUGUCGUAAGGCCUCUAAUCCUCUUCAGCUACCCGGCUGUGCUCUGGUCCUCGGUUGUCUACGCAUGCUCGGUUGGCUGGCUCAUUGUCAUCUCCGAAUCCGUGGCGGUCAUCUACCGCGAGGAUAUCUACAGUUUCAAUGCGCUCCAGACGGGUUUGGUCUACAUCAGCCCGUUCGUUGGCGGCAUCCUCGGAUCCGCGGUAGCGGGAAGAAUAUCAGACACGAUCGUCAAGGCCAUGGCGCGGCGGAAUGGCGGCCUGUACGAACCCGAGUUUAGACUUGUCAUGGCCAUCCCCAUCGCCAUCACCACCGUCAUCGGUCUGAUGGGUUUUGGCUGGUCUGCCCAGGUCCACGACCACUGGAUGGUCCCGACGGCCUUCUUUGGAAUCAUCUCGUUCGGCUGCACCAUGGGCUCUACGACCAGCAUCACCUUCUGCGUCGACAGCUACCGGCAGUACGCAGGCGAAGCCCUGGUCACGCUCAACUUCAGCAAGAACGUCCUGCACGGCUUGGUUUUCAGCUUGUUCGUCACCGGAUGGCUCUCCGACGACGGUCCCAAGAUCGUUUAUAUUUGGAUUGGCAUUAUCCAACUAAUCUUGCUGCUUUUCACCAUUCCCAUGUACGUCUUUGGUAAGCGGCUCCGUAUGUGGACGGUGCGCAGGAACUUCAUGGAGCGGUUCUGAAAGUUUUCCUUUGGACCCGUCUUGGUUUGGUCGGUUGAUACCCCUUGACUCUCGUUUUCUGGCGUUUGCUUUGAACCCUCAUCCAUUGCAUGGUUGGGCAUAGCAUCGGCAUCAUCACCGCAUCACAUCGGCAACAUUUACAUUUGAUAUUUGUCGGCAUUUGGGAUAUAAUGGCGUAUACGGAGUAUGUGGAGCAGAUUUCUGUUAUUUCUUGGUUUUAUCACGAAUUACGAACUUUGCAUGAUAUACGUGGAGAGGGCGUCAUGUAGAAAGACGUGAAUACGUGUUCUGUUUUUAAG